CUACCACUCACAAUGGCUCAAGUUGCUUGGAUUGGACUGGGAAACAUGGGCCGAGGCAUGGCCAAAAAUUUGGCUGCCAAAGGACCCCUCAGCUCCCCAUUGAUUAUCUUCAACCGAACAAUCUCUCGCGCCAAUACCUUUGCCUCGCAGAAUGCAAACACCACCGUCGCAUCGUCCAUCCAGGAUGCCGUCUCAAAGGCUGAUAUCAUCUUCACCUGUGUCGGUGAUGACACAGCAAUCCAGGAGACCAUCUCCGCUGCCCUGACUGAGAACGUCAAGGGCAAACUGUUCGUCGACUGCUCGACAAUCCACCCCAACACUACCACCUCAAUCGCUGCCAGUAUCCAACAGCGCGGCGCGUCCUUUGUCGCCUCCCCAGUCUUUGGCGCCCCCGCUAUGGCAGAGGCAGGACAGGUUAUUUGCGUUCUUGCCGGUGCCAAGGAAGCCAUUGACCAAGUCAAGCCUUACACCACAGGCGUCAUCUCCAAGGCUGUAAUUGACUUCAGCGACGAGCAGCCCUCCAAGGCGUCCCAGCUGAAGAUCAUGGGCAACACUUUCGUCCUGCAAAUGGUGGAGACCAUCGCCGAGGGUCUAGUCGUGGCAGAGAAAUCGGGUUUGGGAACUGAUGCACUCCAGGGUUUUAUCGAAGCUGUCUUUCCCGGUCCCUAUGUUGCUUAUGCCAACCGCAUGCGUAGUGGUGAUUACCACAAGCGUGCUGAGCCGCUUUUCGCUGUUGAUCUGUCCCGGAAGGAUGCUCGUCAUGCUCUUGACAUGGCUAAGUCGGUUGGGGCUACCAUGAAGGGCGUUGAAGUUGUUGAUGCUCAUAUGGCUCAAGUCAAGGAGCACAUGGGUGCUCGGGGUGAUGUGGCUGGUGUUUAUGGUGCUGUGAGACAGGAAGCUGGGCUGAAGUUUGAGAACGAUGCUUGAACUCCUUGUUAAUAAGCCUGAGUAAUUACUGCGCUUCAU